UACGUUGCAUUUUAGCUUUCAGUUCAGCAGUAUAAAUAUUUUUUUAUAAUAAUAAAAUGUUUUGAAUUAAAAAGUCUUUAAAAAUAAACCGAACUAUAUGAAAGACGUACAAGAAACAUGGAAAAAUCUAAAAUCUUAGAUAAAAGAAUUUGCCUGUUUAUCAUAAUAUGUUUUUUAACAAUUGCAACUAGGUUUUAUAAAAUUCAAGAGCCAGAUCAUAUAUGUUGGGAUGAAACUCAUUUUGGAAAAAUGGGAAGUUGGUACAUAAACCGGACAUUUUUCUUUGAUGUUCAUCCUCCACUUGGUAAAAUGCUAAUAGGUCUUUCGGGAUAUUUAACUGGUUAUGAUGGGACUUUUCCCUUUGAUAAACCAGGAGAUAAAUAUGAAAAUACAAGUUAUGUGGGAAUGCGAGUAUUUUGUGCCACUCUCGGGGCUUCAAUUGUUCCCAUGACCUUUUUAACAGUAGAGCAAAUGACCAGUAGUCCAACAGCUGCUUUAUUUUCAUCGUUACUUGUAUUAUUUGAUGUUGGUUUAAUAACUCUUACACAGUAUAUACUGUUAGAUCCAUUGUUGUUAUGUUUUAUGAUGGGUGCUAUUCUUGGAGCAGUAAAAGUAUCAUAUAACACAGAAGAUUUUUCCGUAAAAUGGUGGACAUGGUUAAUUUUUACCGGAAUAAUGUUAGCUUGCUGCAUGUCUGUCAAAUUUGUUGGAUUGUUUGUAGUUUUAUUGGUCGGUUUAGUUACUAUAGCAGAUUUAUGGAACUGUUUAGGAGAUAUGACUAGGCCAGUGGCUGAUACAAUAAAGCAUUUCUUUGCAAGAGCAUUUAGUUUAAUCAUUUUACCUAUAUGCUUGUAUACAAUAUUUUUUUAUAUACACUUAAAGGUAUUAAACCGAAGCGGCAGUGGAGAUGGCUUCUACAGUUCAGCCUUUCAAUCACAGCUAAUUGGAAAUAGUUUAUAUAAUGCCAGUAUGCCAUACCAAGUGGCGUAUGGCGCUGUAGUUACGCUUAAAAAUCACCGAACUGGAGGUGGCUAUUUACAUUCUCAUUUUCAUUUAUAUCCUGAGGGUAUGGGAGCGCGUCAACAGCAGAUCACCACAUAUACACAUAAAGAUGACAAUAAUAAGUGGUUAAUUAAAAAAUAUAAUACUGAAGAAAUUGAUGGAGUAGAAAUAGUUCGCAGCGGUGAUCUAAUAAGAUUGGAGCAUGUAGCAACAAAGAGAAACAUUCACUCCCAUAAGGAACAUGCACCAAUAACAAAAAAGCAUUAUCAAGUUACAGGGUAUGGAGAAAAUGGUGUGGGUGAUGCAAACGAUGUGUGGAGAGUUAUAGUGCAAGAUGCAAAAGAUGGAACAGAGAUUACGGCUGUUAAAAGUAAAUUAAAAUUUGUUCAUUAUCUUCAAUCCUGUGUACUUACAACUAGUGGAAAGCAAUUACCGAAAUGGGCAUAUGAACAACAAGAAGUAUCUUGCAAUCCUAAUCUCAGAGAUCCCAAUGGCUUAUGGAAUGUAGAAGAAAAUAUAUUUGAUGCAUUACCAAAUGUAAACUUUGAAGUCUACGCCCCUAGUUUCUUAGAAAGAUUUUUUGAAUCGCAUGCUGUAAUGUUUCAAGGGAAUGCAGGAUUGAAGCCUAAAGAAGGAGAAAUCACUUCAAGGCCAUGGCAGUGGCCAAUAAACUAUAGAGGUCAAUUUUUUUCUGGCUCACAAUACCGAAUUUACCUUUUGGGAAAUCCAGUCAUAUGGUGGAGUAAUGUAAUAUUUAUUGUACUAUUCUUAAUAAUGUUUCUAAUAAAUGCCAUAAAACUUCAAAGGGGAUAUAUUGAGUCUUUCUCUGGUAUUAGUGAUCACCUAUUUUUUUAUACUGUAUUAUUAUUUUUUUUGCUUUUAGAACCCCACAGAUUGAAAUUGAAGGCUUGUGCUUGGCUUUUUGUGGGCUGGUUAUUACAUUAUGUCCCCUUUUGGGGAAUGGGUAGAGUGUUAUAUUUCCAUCAUUAUUUUCCAGCUUUGCUUUUCAGUUCGAUGAUCACAGGCAUUAUUAUCGAUUAUCUACAUGACGAAAUUCCUAAAAUAUUUAGCGAACAAAACGCUAAAACCGUAUAUCAUAUACUUUUUGGUUUGGUGCUUUCUGUGAUCGUAUAUAGUUUUUAUUUAUUUGCUCCUUUGGCCUAUGGUAUGAGUGGACCAUCAUCUAACGAACCGAAUUCUACAAUGCGCGGUUUAAAAUGGUUAGAAACAUGGGAGUUUUAAUUACGAAAUUAAAUUUAGGUCGUAGGCCCCGUCUGCACAUAACGUUUUACCUCUCAGUCUUACCUGUUCAGUCAAAACAUAUUAAGUAAAAGUCAAGUGUAGACGAAAAAACAGUCCUUUUGUUGAACCGGAUACACGGAAGGACAUUUUUACAAUAAAAUUGAGGUCCGUUUGUCUUUACGGACAUCAGGCAGUAUAAGUUUAAGAAAACAAAAAUUUUCCUCAGAAGUACGGGUUUUAAUAGGUAAUUUUAGCAAAAAAAAUUGCGGAUUAUUCAGUAAAUUUUAAAAUAUUGAAAUAAAAUUAUGGUACUAUUUAAUACCGCAGAUGAAUUUUGACAGAUGAUACAAGCAUAUG